CGAUGAUGUCCUUUCUUGUUUCUCGUGGCAGAUUAGGAGAGUUGAAAGAGGGGUCAAAACAUAGUUCCUUUAAAAAGCAGUUAUGCCCGAUGUUUAAAAUGAACCGAAGAUACAAGGUGCUGAAGGAGUGCCAAGAGCUGGCCAAGUAUUCUCCAGAGUAAAGGGUGUUGGACUACAUGUUCGGUUUGUUUAAGGAGAUGGGGUCAUACUCUGACCUUAGGUCAUGAAUUGAAUCAUGCUUGAUCAUGUCUCAUGUGGUUUUAAUAGCCAACAACAUGAUUGAUUGAUGAUUGGGUGCAUAAUUUUUUGUGAUUCUAUAUAGGCCAUAGACCAUCAUUGUUGUGAUCACUUAUAAGGCCAGCAUGCAAUGAUCGAAAGGACACCAUAGGCGAAAUGAUAAAAAGUUGAGUUAUAAAAGUUUUAAAAGUAGGAAUUUUUUUUAAAUGCAACAAAUACAGACAGGUAAAAGUUGUCAAAUGUUUUGAGCGAAAUGGAGGACUUGGACAAGGUUCUCGGCCGUUUGGGUGGAUAUGGUCGAUGGCAACUUUACGUGUACACAUUGUGGUGCACAUUUUCAAUGGCGACGGACUGUUUCCAGGAUAUCGUCUACAAUUUCACCGAAAAUGGAAGGAGGUGCGAAUGCUGUCGAAAAUGCCCUGCAAGAGCUUGGGACGUACGGGAAAUGGCAGCUGUACAGGCACACGCUGUGGUCUCUGUUCAGCCAAGCGGUAUAUGUUUUUCAUUUCAUUGGCGUGACUUUUUACGGAGGCGUUCCUGAACACCACUGCCGUGUUCCAGAAAAUCUGACGUCCACAGUUUCCAACGUCGGGAAGUGUAAACUUUACUUCAAUACGACGGGCGAGGAGACAUCAUGCAUCUACGGUAUGGAGUACCCAGACAAGAAUUUCGGCCAGACUAUAGUCACAGAGUGGGAUCUGGUGUGCGAACAGAACUUUUACGCCGAACUUUCUCAGACCUUGUACACAAUCGGCACUAUGGUCGGAUCCAUGGCCAUUUCACCUCUCUCGGACAUGUUCGGUAGAAAGACCGUCCAUCUGGGCGCUCAGGUCCUUACCGCCAUCAUCUCUACUGCUUCGGCCCUGGUUCCCAACUACGCAGCAUUCGUUGUCCUGAGGACUCUUUCCGGGGUUGUUGCACCGGGUGCAAUUCUAACUGGCAUCAUCGCUUCGUGUGAAGUAUUCGCAGCAAAACAGCGGACCUUCGCUGGACAGUUCAUCUACUUCUGGUGGGUUGUCUACCUGUUGAUGCUGGGUGGACUAGCCUACGCAUUGCCAAAUUGGAGGCAUUUGGUUCUGGCACUUUCGCUUAUUCCUUUGUUUUCGUUAGUGGGAAUAUGGCUACUCCCAGAAUCUAUACCAUGGCUUGUCGCAAAUAACAGAAUAGAGGAAGCUGAAGAAAUUCUCAGGGAUGCUGCUAAAAUGAACAAAUUAGAAGUGCCCGAUCAUCCUCUCGCCAAACUGAUUCUGCCCCUGUUAAAACGCGAGGAUAGUGACAUGGGGACGGACUCUGUGGUUCUGUACGAAAAGAACCAGGAAGCGGAGGGCAGUGAAGUUGCCAUUAAACAGAGUGGAAACAUGAAGAAGAGGGGCGGAUUUAUGAACACCUUGAAGGAAGCCAUGCGGCGGCGGAGGUCCAGUCAGAUUCCCGAGUCCACACACGAGAAGGGGGAGAACCUCAUUGCCGCUUGUCGGAGACAUAAGAUUGUUCUGAAGAAUCUUAUCAUGUUGUGCUUCCUAUGGUUUGCGAAUGGGUUGGUCUACUAUGGCAUGGCCCUUUCUUCAACCAGCCUUGCUGGAGAUAGAUUCCUCAACUACUUCUUGAAUGCCUUGGCAGAGUUACCAUCAGUUGCCCUCUGUGUAUGGAUGUUACAAAAAUUCGGGAGAAGGUGGCCUAUUUGUUUGUUCCACAUCUUAGUUGGCUUAUCACUUGGUUUUCUUGUGUUCAUUCCAACGGAAACUGCGGAUGGGACUAACCUGAUCCCGCUUGUGAUAACGAUGAACGUAAUUGGGAGGUUUGCUAUAACCUUCACUUUCAACGCACUGAUCAUGUACUCCCUAGAGCUGUUUCCAACGAACGCUAGAAACUCUGGUCUUGGCGUAGCCUCAUUCUUUGGGCGCAUAGCUGGCUGUUUCGCCCCAUUCACUACGCUUCUGUUGCGGUUGAGUACCUGGCUGCCUGGUGUGAUAUUCGGCGUAGUUAGUCUGAUUGGGGGACUAUGCGUGCUGUUCCUGACUGAGACAGUCAACAAGCCCCUCCCGGAGCACGCCGUUCAGAUCAAAAACUGGCACAACGAGCAGAGCUUCUUUCCGUGCUUGAAAAGAAAGAACGUAUCGGAAAAGGAUUUGGAGAUUCACGAUCCGAAAAUAGAACUUUGAUACUUAAAUGAUGAUAAAAAACCGACAUCACAGAACCAAAACGGUUAAUGCAGUCAGUGCUCGCAUUUAGUAAGAAAAUGUUUCCGGAUUGCAACAAAGCACAGAAGAGCAUCAGUCUGAUACGGCAUCGACGAUGACAUAGAAUUGUUCUUUGUAAACCUUCUUACCGGUGUAAAAAUAAUUGGAACUAAUAUGCCGAGGAGGCUUUUGAAAAAUAAAUGAAACAAUGAAACUUC